UUGGCCAAUGUGUUUCAUUAACUUCCCCGAACCCGUCUCGCUUCCUGAGGCUCCUUGCAUUUGUCCUGGAGGUUUUUGGCUGUUGUGUCUUCUCCCGGGCUGGGGUGGGUGAGAAAGGAGAACGUCCCAGGUUGUGGGGAUCUUUGAUUUCACUGCCUGCUUUACCCAGGGACUGGGAAGUCCAGGGGGAGAAUGGUUUCAGCCUCAGCUUCACGCAGUAGAGCUGAGCCACACAUUACUCCUGCAAGUUUAUAGUCCAGCAACUGUGGUCGGUCAAGUACAGACAAGACAGGAUCUGUAAUACAAAUUUCCUGAAAUGGACCUGUUUUAACCUGGAAGUGGAGUGAUAGUAUAACAGUAAAGGAAGCACAACUUGACCUUGUAAAUUAUCCUGGAACCGAUUUGACUGUUAUUCCCGGAAAUGUGUCCGGUGCAGUUGUUGCUAACAAGGCUUACAAGAAUAAUCUCAGGAAUGAUCGGAUUUAUGUUUGAGGAGCAUUUGAUGGUUCUGGACCUGUGCUCGAUGGAGUUCAGAGGGACGGUGGGGGUGGUGGAGGGAUGUAUGGUUAAUAAACCUACCGAAUGCUGAAAAGCCUGGAUACAGUGGACAUGGAGAGGAUGUUUCCAUUAGACAGAAAGUCUGUGAUCUGACAGCACAGUCUCAGAAUAAACUUGCUUCCCUUUAAAACUGAGAUGAGAAAUUUUUUUUGGCCAAAAGAUGUCUGAUAUUUGGAAUUUGUGAAUUUGUUUGAACCUGCCAUUUGGGUAUAUUUGUGACAGAUUAAUAUAUUGAUGAUUGCUGAGUAGCUUCAGGGUUACAGGAGGAAGGCAGGAAUAUGGUGUUGGAAUAAAAAUCAACCCUGGUUGUGUGGUGGACAGACCAGAUGGAUCGAAUCACCUAAUUCUGUUCCUGUGUCGUAUGUCUUACCAUGACUGAAUGAUGGCUCCUUCUUAUCCCAUAUCGUCUGUGUCAUGUGAGGGACAAUAAAAGAUUGUUCACUGAGAUCAUUAUAUUUGCCUUCAAUGGUUAAAUUUCAACCUGCAGUGAGAGAUUUAUUGGAAGAAAAACCACGACUGAAGACGAAGGAACAGCAACAAGUGAACCAGCCCGAGGAUUGAGAGCACUGAUUGGAGAGAAACCAUCUGACUCAGAGAUUCCAUUGAUUCAGUCCGGAGAAAGUUUGGGCCAUGCGUUAAGAAUUUUGCCAGCGCUGAAGCGCCGAUGAAAUGCGCAGGCGUCCGGCUGAGGACGUCCCCGAUGCACGCAGUACACAGAAGGCCUUGAAAAUGUCGGGUGCAGGUUAAAAACGGGAAGGAAUUUGUCUCCAGGAAUCUCACACACGACACGCCAGUUUUGUUGUCUCUUUCUAGAUAUUUAAGAAGUGGAGCAAGGGAUUCAAUCGACCAUCCUUCUUGCUCAGACUGUGCGAAGGGAUUCACUCGGUCAUCUGACCAACCAGCAAGCCCGUCAUUUUACACAGGAGAAAGGCCAUUCACCUGCUUAGGAAUGGAUUCACUCAGUCAUUUCAACUGAAGGUAUAUCAGCAAGUUCACACAGGGCAAGGCCAUUCAUCUGUUGUGUGUGUGAGAAAGGAUUCUGUCGGGCAUCCCACCUGUGGACACACCAGUCAGAUCACACUGGGCAGAGGCUGGUCAUCUGCUGAAUUUAAGGGAAGGGAUUCUCUCGGUCAUCUGUCCUAAUGGCACACCAGCGUGUUCACACCAAGGGGCGGUCAUUCACCUGCACAGUCUGCAGGAAGGGAUUCACUCAGUCAUCCAAACUACAGAGACAUCAGCGAGUUCACACUGGGGAGAAGCUGUUCACCUGCUCAGUCUGUGGAAAGGGAUUCACUCGGUCAUCCAACCUACAGAGUCAUCAGAGAGUUCACACUGGGGAGAAGCCAUUCACCUGCUCUGACUGUGGGAAGAGUUUCACUCGGUCAUCCCAACUACUGGUACACCAGUCAGUUCACACUGGGGAGAAGCCGUUCACCUGCUCAGACUGUGGGAAAGGAUUUACUCAGUCAUCCAACCUACUGGUACAUCAGCGAGUUCACACUGGGGAGAAGCCAUUCACCUGCUCAGUCUGUGGGAAGGGAUUCACUCAGUCAUCCAACCUACAGAGUCAUCAGAGAGUUCACACUGGGGAGAAGCCAUUCACCUUCUCAGUCUGUGGGAAGGGAUUCACUCUGUUAUCCAACCUACAGAGUCAUCAGCGAGUUCACACUGGGGAGAGGCCGUUCACCUGCUCAGAAUGUGGGAAAGGAUUCACUCGGUCAUCCCAACUGCUGGUACACCAGUCAGCUCACACUGAGGAGAAGCCGUUCACCUGCUCAGUCUGUGGGAAGGGAUUCGCUCAGUCAUCCAACCUACAGAGUCAUCAGAGAGUUCACACUGGGGAGAAGCCUUUCACCUGCUCAGUCUGUGGGAAGGGAUUCGCUCAGUCAUCCAACCUACAGAGUCAUCAGAGAGUUCACACUAGAGAGAAGCCAUUCACCUGCCCAGUCUGUGGGAAGAGAUUCACUGAUCCAUCCAUCCUACAGAGUCAUCAGAGAGUUCACACUGGGGAGAAGCCGUUCACCUGCUCAGACUGUGGGAAGAGUUUCACUCGGUCAUCCCAACUACUGGCACACCAGCAAUUUCACACUGGGGAGAAGCCAUAUACCUGUUCAGUCUGUGGGAAGGGAUUCACUCAGUCAUCCAACCUACUGGUCCACCAGCGAGUUCACACUGGGGAGAAGCCAUUCAUCUGCUCACCGUGCGGGAAGGGAUUCACUAGCUCAGCUAAACUGAAGAUACAUCAGAGAGUUCACACCGGGGAGAAGCCGUUCACCUGCUCAUUCUGUGGGAAGGGAUUCACUCGGUCAUCAAACCUACUGGCACACCAGUCAGUUCACAAUGGGAAGUAGCCAUUGUUAUGAAUCCCUGGGUUUCCUUUGCUGUGGACUGUCAUUUUAAGAGAGAGAGAUUAAGAAGGUGAAUCAGUCUGACUUGCAGCUUGUUUACAUCGCUCGCAGCUUGUUUAGUUUUAACCGAGAACACAGACACUCAGAGUCAGACGGAGACGAAGGAGGGAAAAUGGAAGGAUCGAAACCAGGGAACUAGUGGCCAAGAGUCACUGUUUAGAAGUUUCCUAUGCCCACAAGGGUGGGUUAAUUAUUGAUCCAUGUACAUUGAAUGUGUGUUUGUCACCUUGUUUGAUCCAUAGGAGUGGAUCUGAUUUGGGAUGUCCUGUGGAAACCACUUAUGUGUUAACCCUUGCCUGGCUGUGAUGUGGUAGUUCACUUGAAGAUGAUACACCUUGUGACAAGUCACUUUUGGUGAUAAUUUGUAUGUGGAUUUGGAGCGAUGACGGAUAAAAUCUACAGCGACUGUUCUCUUGUUUUACCACCGUGGAACCUGAGGAAUUUGACAUAUUUGCCUUCUCUCACCAUUUACCCUGGAUUACAAAUCUCUCUCCCUCAUCGCCUAUUCUGUGGUUGAACUGAACUUUCAUACUUUAGCAUCUCAAGACUGCAAGCCUUGUUUCCCCUGAGCUCAAUAGUUUGGGAGUUAUACUUAUACACAUUUAUAAACUUAACACUGUUAACUUCUGUUUAUCUUGUUUAAGUUGCAAUAUUACAAGUAGAUUCCAAUAAAGACAGAUUUAACAUCAAAACCAAACUCCAGAUGUAAUCUAUUGCUGCUGGCUUGUUUCUAAAGCAUUAUGGUUCGUAACAAAUUUGGGGCCUGCGUCUGGGAUAUGAACAAAUUUGCGAGCUAUUGAUCGAAGAAUUAUCAUUUGAUUGGGGAAAUCCCUUUUGAUUUAUUUGUUGUGGAAAUCACCAGCAAUGGACAUUUAUAAAUUUCUAGAAGCGCCAACCCCUAAGGGAUUAGGAAAAGCCAAAAAGAAUGAAUUGCUGACUGAUGCUAAUGGAUGAAUCUUAAGCAGGUAAGGGGCUGUGAAGGACAAGGGCAAGCACACAACUGGGAGAGAAGGUAAAGGUAAAACAAUAGGGGUUUUAUUAUAAAAUAUAGGCAUCCACCCCAUUUUUCAGAGACUGGGAUCCCUGGUUCAACCGGUAAUGACGUGCAUUUCAAUGUGCUCACCUCCCAGUCCUCGAUUCUCCAAAUGAAAUUGUUAUCACAUUUGAUCUUUCUUCAUAUGAUGACCUAACCAUUUCAGGGAUCAGUCUGUUGAAACUUCAUUGCACUCUCUAUAACAAAUACUCUCUAACCACUUUGUUAAUCCUCUGUGCAAAAACUGUUCAUCUUCUGCAGCCCCGUGUUGCCCCAACCAUUCAGCUCCCAACCCUGUCAUUGGCCCCACUU